AGGCAAUCGGCAUCAGUUUCGAUCACAUCGUUCUCAAGUGUGGAAUAACUAAACAAUCAGCAAACCAAAAAUGACAUCAAAAUUCGUAGCUCUUUGCACCUUGUUCGUUGCUGUCAACGCUGGACUCCUUCCUGCUGCUGUUACAACUUACUCAGCAGCUCCUGGUCUUCCUCUGGCCCAUGCCGCUCCUCUCGUCAGAUACUCACCAGCUGCUGAAGUUAGCCACAGCUACAGUUCAAUUGCCGCUCCAGCUGCUUUGGCCUAUGCUGCUCCAAUUGCCAAGGCUGUAUCUUAUGGUCCAGCUGCCGUAGCUGUUAGUGCUCCAGCCGUCGGUGCCACCCAAGAAAGUGUAUACCGCAGCUUAGGAGGUACUGUGUCCCAAUACUCCAAGGCCGUUGACACCGCUUUCUCCAGCGUCCGCAAAUACGACACCCGCAUCAACAACAAUGUCUUCGCACCAGCUAUCGCCAAAACUGUUGCCUACGCUGCCCCAGCUCCAGCUCUUGUAGCUCAUGCCGCUCCAGCUGUUGUAGCCCAUGCCGCUCCUGCUGUUGUUGCCCAUAGUGCUCCAGCUAUUGUUUCCGCUGCCGCUCCAGCUGUUUACAGUGCUCACGCCCCAACGCUUUAUUCUGCUCAUGCCACCCCAGCUGUUACCGCCUAUGCUACCAAGGCUCUAUCCUACUCACCAGCCACCGCUGUUGCCCAUGUGUCCUACAACGGAUAUGGAGCUAACUAUGCCUGGUAAAUUUUCCACAUUUGGAAUUCUGUGAUCGGUUAUUGAAUAUUGUUAUGAAAUCAAUAAAUAAAAUAUAAACAUUUAAAUGUU